AUAUGCAUCUGUUAAAAAUUUUCCAUUAAUUUAAUUUUUUGUAUUCUUGUCUUCAACACGUGAAUGACCACUCGUUCUAAAAAUUUAGAAUUAUUAGAUGUAGCACUAGCAUUUUUGUAUUAGAAAAUGAGUUACUGUAUUCAAGUGAUGACAUAAAUUUGUGGGUUAGGCGUCCGGCUGAUCUCCUCUGUGGAAUUUCGGAAAAUUUGGUUUGGACAUGCCUCCUCUAUUUCGUUGCACCGCUCCUAGUCAGUUUUGUAAGUCUCCGCCUGCGGAUGCAGAAAAUCGAAAGCGCCGUUCGGAUGAAGCGACGGAAACCCGUGUAAAAGUUUUGAAGAUCGGUUUCGAGAAUGUGUUCUUAAGCCACAAGGAAUUCAAAGCGCCACCACAGGAACAGCUGGAUGGCCAGAUCCAGACCAUUUCUGCCCACGAGCAGUUUAUUCGACAGAUCCUUGCCAAGCCUUUCAAAGUCCCCCUACCCGGUUAUGAAGGACUCAGUGGACGAGCUCUGGGAUUUCGACGGGAUGGUGUACGUCGCGCGCUGCACGAUCCUAACGGUGAUAAUGCGCUUGUUCUAUACACGCCUCCAGAGCUCACUGCACAGGAGGAGUUAUCCAUCAAACCUGACAAGCGUCUCGUGCAUGUCGUAGUGGAUCCCCUGCUGACCAAAGUCCUCCGGCCACAUCAACGUGAAGGUGUUCGCUUUAUGUACGAGUGUGCCACGGGGGUUCGAAUCCCUGAAUUCUUCGGAUGCAUUAUGGCUGAUGAUAUGGGCUUGGGAAAAACACUACAGACGAUUUCUCUUCUGUGGACUUUGUUGAAGCAAAGCAAAGAAAUGAAACCAGAAUUGGACCGAGCAAUGAUUGUUGCACCCAGCAGUUUAGUUAAGAAUUGGGCUAAUGAAAUAAAAAAAUGGUUGGGAAUUCGCCUUACGCCGCUGGUAAUCGACUCCGGCUCAAAAGAUCAGAUUGAUAAGGACCUUGACCAGUUUGUGCGUCAAAGCGGGCGACGCAUUGCGACUCCGAUUCUCAUCAUAUCGUACGAGACCUUUCGCUUGCAUGCUGCUGCAUUGCAAAAAGGCAAGAACGUUGGGAUGAUUGUUUGCGAUGAGGGGCAUCGGCUAAAAAAUGCUGAUAAUCAGACGUACCAAGCACUGGAUGCGCUGGAGUGCAGACGAAGAAUUCUCAUAUCCGGCACACCUAUUCAGAAUGAUCUCACUGAGUAUUACAGUAUGGUUCAUUUCGUCAAUCGUGGCUUGCUGGGUACGCAGACGGAAUUCCAGAAGAAAUUUAUGAAUCCGAUUACGAAAGGCCGGGAUGCUUGUGCCACUGACGAUGCGGUAAAGAAAGGCGAAGCGCUUCUGGAAGAGCUAACGAAAAUGGUCAACCGGUGUAUGAUUCGGCGUACAUCAGCUAUAUUGUCAAAAUACCUUCCUGUCAAAGUCGAACUGGUUGUGUGCUGCAAGCUUACGGAUUUGCAAAUGUCGUUGUACGAGAGCUUCCUCCAGUCUAAAGCUAUUAAAAAUCUUGCGAAAGGCGAUGAUGAUACUAAAGGUAUUGGAUCUUCCUUGGCAGCUAUUACUUCGCUGAAGAAAUUGUGUAAUCAUCCGGAUCUGGUGUACGAUCUGUGUAAGGAGAAGGCUGUAGGCUGGGAAAACGGGUUGGAGAAGUUUCCAGCUGGACAUAAUCCGACCAGGGCAUGUGUACCGGAACUGUCAGGAAAAUUGGCGGUGCUGGAUGGAUUGUUGGCUAUCUUGAAAACAACCACAAAGGAUAAAGUUGUGUUAGUGUCAAACUACACGCAGACAUUGGAUGUCUUUGAGAAGCUGUGUCAUCAGCGGAGGUACCGAUAUGUUCGCUUGGACGGGGCAAUGACGAUUAAAAAGCGAGGAAAAGUUGUCGAACGGUUCAACAGUCCGGACAGCGAUGAUUUCAUUUUCAUGUUGAGCAGUAAAGCAGGAGGUUGUGGAUUGAAUCUGAUUGGAGCCAAUCGUUUGGUGAUGUUUGAUCCCGAUUGGAAUCCCGCCAAUGACGAUCAGGCUAUGGCACGUGUGUGGCGCGAUGGCCAGAUCAAACAGUGCUAUAUUUACCGUUUGCUGAGCACUGGAACUAUUGAGGAGAAGAUCCUCCAGCGUCAGGCACAUAAAAAGGCCCUGAAGGAUUGUGUGGUGGAUGACAUUGAUGCUGAAAGGCAUUUCAGUGCAGCCGAUCUUCGAGAUCUGUUCAAACUGAAUAAAACGUGCUUGAGUGAUACUCAUGACCAAAUUAAGUGCAAACGGUGCACAAUGGGCAAGCAGGUGGUCGCUCCACAUCCGGACAGCACGUGCACCAGUGAUUACUCCCAGUGGCAUCAUCACUAUGAUCGGCGCAAUGUUCCGGAUGUCCAGUUGCAGCAGAUCUGGCCCGUUGGAGUCACCUUUGCAUUUCAUCAGCGAAGCCAUGAACAAGCUAAACUGUGAAUCUAGAUAUCUUUUUAUUGUCUGUUUUACUGAAUCUGUUGUGUUUGUUUACUAACCUUUAUUCUUGCUUUUUUCAGAUUUGGUCAGUUUUCCGCUUAAGAUCGAUUGUCUGAAUUUGUUACUUCAAGUGACCUUUCUUGUUUUAACAGCUGCUGAACUAUGCGCGGAAAUUUCACACAUUAGAUAACGAUCACUUACUGAAUUUUACUCAUGUAACAUGUUAGCAAAUUAGCAUUCCCGUAAAUUAUUCACAACC